AUGGGAAACCACAGCAUGUUCAGUGAGUUCAUCCUCCUUGGGCUGUCUGCUGACCCUCAGGCCCAAAUUCUUCUCUUCAUGUUGUUUCUGGUGAUUUACCUUCUGACCUUGAUGGGAAACCUGGUGAUGCUGCUGGUGAUCAGAUCUGAUUCCCAUCUUCACACACCCAUGUACUUCUUUUUGGGACAACUAUCUUUCCUGGACCUCUGCCACUCGUCUGUCACGGUACCUAAGAUGCUGGAGAAUCUACUCUCUAAAAGCAAAACCAUCUUAGUAGAGAGCUGCCUGGCUCAAGCCUUCUUUGUGUUUGCCACGGGGGGCACUGAAGCUUGUCUGCUAGCUGUGAUGGCCUAUGACCGCUACGUAGCCAUCAGCUCCCCUCUGCUCUAUAGCCAGGUGAUAAGCAAUCAGCUCUGUGUCAGGCUGGUAUGGGGCUCUUGGUUCCUUGCUUUUGUUGAUGCUCUCAUCAAUAUACUCCUGGCUGUCAACUUAGAUUACUGUGAAGACCAAAUUAUUCCCCACUUCAGCUGUGAACUGUCUUCUCUCUUCCCUCUGUCUUGCUCUGACACCUCCAUCAACUUCAUAUUCCUCCUAUGCUCCUCUGUCUUGCAUUUCUUUGGAACUUUCAUCUUGAUCGUCUUCUCUUAUAUCCGCAUUGUCUCCACCAUUAUGAGUAUCAGCUCCACUUCUGGCAGAAGCAAGGCUUUCUCCACCUGCUCCUCCCACCUCACUACUGUGAUCCUGUUCUAUGGCUCUGGCUUCCUCAGCUAUCUCUUGCCAAUCUCAGGCUCCUCCCUAGAAGUUAUCUUCCCCUUGCAGUACACUGUGGUCACUCCCAUGCUCAAUCCUCUCAUCUACAGUCUGCAGAACAAGGAGGUGAAGACAGCCAUGAGAAGAAUCUUAAGAAGAUACAUUAACUCUUUUGUGUAG